AGGCCAUUUUGGCACGAGCCGCGCCCUCCCCCCCCCGUCGGCCCAGCCGCCCGCCGGCGCGGCCCGCGCGCGCGGGCGUGCGCGCGGGUGCCUCGGCGAGCCGCUCGCGCACCAUGGCGGCUGAGCAGCCGGAGGAGAAGAAGGAGCCGGAAGAGGGCGAGGAGAAGAAGUUGGAGGAGAAGAAGGAGCCAGAGCCGGAGGACGAGGAGGCCAAGAUCGACUUCGAGGGCCUGGACCUGUUCGGGGUGGACGAGGUCAAGGACAUCGGUGCGGGCGUGCCGCUGUUCAAGGAGUUCCAGAUGGAGGACUGGACGGUCAUGGGAUUGGCCUUCGAGCUGCACCUAAUGGCACACGCGUUCGGCAAGGACGUCAACGACCCCGAGCGGCAGGGGAUGCACCUGGACCACCUGCAGUUCUACUACCAGAAGUACUUCAAGAAGCCGCUCAACCUGCAGCUGUUUGGCGUCUCGAGCGUGAAGGAGCUGCUGGCCUUGGGCAUGCUCAGAGACGUCGUCUACACCUCGAAGCAGGGCGUCCUGCGCUCCGCCAUGGACGAGGAGAUGGAGAGCUUCCAGGAACCCGCGCGGGCCUCCGUCAGCAUCGAGCCACGUCACCGAUGGGCAGGAGGAGGAGGAGGAGGAGGAGCACAUCGGCUGGAUGGCGGCAGCAGGAUAAGGAGGAGGGGACGGCAAUCUCUCCAGAUCUUCGUGAAGCUUGCGGAGGCGUCGCGGCGCUAUCGCAACAUCCGCACCGAUUUCGGCGACGAGUCGGAGGUGCUCAAACUCCAGGUCGCCAGCGCGGCCCCGCAGUGGACGGGGCACCAGCGGGCCGUGCAGCCGCAGGUCGCGUGGCAGGCCCCCGCCCAGGGGACCUGGCAGCAGCAGCAGAGCAAGCCGUGGCAGAGCGGCUACGGCAAGGGCCAGGCGCAGGGCGACUGGCAGCAGGGCGGCUACGGCAAGGCCCAGGCUGGGAAGGGCAAGAUCAACACCGGCCAGCCUGGCCAGCCCUACAACCAGAAUUGGACCAGGCCCGACGGCAAGGUGUGCUUCGCCUUCCAGAAGGGCCAAUGUCAUCGGGAGUUCUGCAAGUACCCGCACAUCUUGACUGGCAGCUAGGCUGUGGCCGUUACGUGAGGGAGGUACCCUAUGAGUGCAAUAGUUGACCCUUUCAUCGUGUUCUCCAGCUCGCCAUCUCCUCUUCGCGAUUCAGUCAAGGCUCAGCCUGGACGUUGUUUACGCCAAUGUGAUUGAGACAAUGUCUAGAUUGAGGUUUGGAGUCCGCUUCGCGGCACCAUCGCACACGCCCCGCUGCUGGACUUGGAUAUAUGAGCGGAAA